AUCGGUCCGGCUAUCACGCACCGUUUCCGACUCCAAUUUUAAUCUCAGUGGGAGAUCUCACUCUGAUUUUCAAGGAAAAAACUUGUCAUUCUGUUAGAAUCUGUAUCAGAGAGUGUUUAACGAAUUUCCUCGCACUUUCUUAGCCCUGUUGACCGAAAUAACGCCUCCAAUUUGUCCCGCCGACACAACAACAACUUUUUGAAAUAACAUAAACAAGGAGAUACAAGCAAGCACAUGGUGAGCAAAUAGAACGAAGGAACGUUCAAAUACGGAAGUAGGUGUCGUUGACGCAGACGACAAGACAACAUUGUAAAGACACUCAUUCGACACCUGGAUUUACUUUGGUGUUUGGAUUGGGAUGCUUUUAACGCCGAUCAACGAUGGACUAAGUUAACGUCGGAACAUACUGGAUAUACUAGUAACGGAUGGACGUUUGUCAAUUCUCCAGUUACAAAAUGCCGAUUCGGACCAGGAUGACGGUACCCAGUUUUGGUAUACGGAUCAUAUUUUUAUCGAGUGUAAUUGUUUUUGGACAAGCGCUGUCGGAUAUGGGGAACGCCGUAGAGGACAUCCCCGUCAACGUGACCGUGGCUGAAGGAAAGACAGCUAUCCUUCCCUGUCGGGUUGACGACGAUUAUGACGACAUAAUGGUUGUGUGGAUGAACCCCAAGCGUAUUGUUGUGAGUCAAAAGGAAAGUCGCUUUAUAAACGACCCCCGUAUGAGUAUAGAGCGGCCAUUUAUGGGGGACUACAACCUCCACAUACGCAGUGUAAAGUAUGAGGACCGGGGUGAUUACAUGUGCACAAUUAAUACCCAGCCAGUUACCAUCAAAAGGAUUCGCCUCAUCAUACAAGUUCCCUCGCGUAUACUGGACUAUUCUUCCUCCAAUGUCGUCACAGUGCGGGAAAGGAGUGAUGUAGAACUCGUGUGUAAUGCCACAGGAGUUCCGCCCCCAACGAUCACGUGGUACCGACGCACAGACGAAAGUCCACAGGGUCGUGACAGAGUUGGAAAAGAGGGUGAGGUUCUAGUUAUCCGCAACAUCAGCAGAUACUGCGGAGGGAUAUACGAGUGCAUGGCCUUUAACGGCGUGCCGCCUGCAGUCCAGAGGCAGAUAGAAGUCAAAGUACAUUUUAAACCUGAGAUAAGUCUAUUAAGCAAACGGAUGGGACAGUACCUUGACAAGGAAACCAUGCUAGAAUGUAUCAUUACCGCGUCACCACAGGGAUCCAACGUUUGGCGUUUCGGAAACGUGCAACCUGACAUGAAAGAAGGAUGGAAAUAUCACUUGGAGGUGUUCGAGGAUAGUAAAUAUACAGUGUCAUUGACGCUCAGAAUAAAGACCGUUAGACCGGAGGAUUUCGGAACAUACACUUGUGAGGCAGCCAACCAGUUAGGACAUUCUAAAAGAGAUAUGGUUUUAUAUGAAUAUAUUGUUCCUACACCUCCCCAAAUACCCACUGUAUCGAGUACAACAUACAGAGUGGAACCAAAUAACCCCUAUGAUGAUAUCAACACUAUAGGUGGCAGACAGGAAGGGGUAACCAUUCGUAAUCAAAACAGAGAAUCAGCUCAAAUCCAUAAAUCAUCAGAGACUCAAAUCUUAGGUCAGUUUGGGACUGCGAACGUCCGCAUUAUGAACACGUGUAGCACCAUUAUAGCAACGAAGAGUUUGUUUAUAUAUUGUUUGUUAUCAUAUACUGUUUUUAUUCUUUGGAUUAUAUUAUGAUGUGUGCAAUUUAGCAAAUUUGUUUUAUUUUCAAAUUCUAAUAUGUCAUCAGCUCAAUAAUUUCGCAAGGGUAUAAAAUAAGGUGAAACAUUUUGAUAAAUCAGUUUUUCGUUUUUAUAGUGGCACUUCACCGCUUUAUUUCGAGUCAAAAGUAAACUACAUAUAAUAAAUCAUAAGAUGAUACAAUGAUAAGAUGAUCGUAGAAAAACAUAUUUAUUACUAUGUUUAUAUGAUGUUUAUGAUUUAUAUUUGUCACAAUAGAUCAAAUUGACUUCUACAACGUACAUAGAAACAAUGCUUUUCAUUGGAAAGUAAAUUGUCCCGAUUACGUUAUAACUGGAUCAUUUAUCAUAUUCCAGUUACCUUAUUCUACAUACCAUGGUACUUAAAGAUUUAAUUUAUCCAAAAACAAUAUCAGGCGGGUUUUUUUUGUAUCUGGGUUGAAUUCAAUGAUGAUUCAAAAGCGAACAAAGUGAAGAAAUCUUAACUAUAAAUAAACUAAUGCAUUGUACUGCAAAAAUUCGUUACACCGAUUUUAACCCCUUUUAUUCCAAUGAUGGAAAUAACAGCUAGGCAAAAUAUGUUAUUGCCAAUUGUGUGUAUAAAGCGUGAUGGUGCCGUGGCGGGUAUCGUCAUAUAUAGUAGAAGACGCUUAUCCUUCCGGAACACCUGGUCUUAUCCCCCUUGUACGUUUUCAGGGGUUUCCUUUGAUCAUAUUUCCCCAUAGUUUUAUCGAUUUUAAAUUCGAUUGAUGCUUUUGUUGACAUUUUGGUAUUCACUUGUUUUUUAUAACCUGAUGCAAGGUAUAGUGUCAUUUUCAUUCAUCAUGAUUAUGUUCUCCAUAUACGGUGUAAAAAAAUAUGCUGUACACUAAAUAC